UUGAGAGUCACUUUCCCCCCUUGUGUGACUGGUGCCGUGUGCGCCAUGAACUGCGAGAACUUCGCUGCAGGCGAGCGUUUGGUGACCCCGGCCUACGUUCGGCAGGGCUGUGAGGCCCGCCGCUCCCACGAGCACCUCAUACGGCUCCUGCUGGAGAAGGGUAAAUGUCCAGAAGAUGGUUGGGAUGAAAGUACUAUUGAGCUGUUUCUCCAUGAACUUGCCAUUAUGGAUAGUAACAAUUUCCUGGGCAACUGUGGUGUGGGAGAAAGGGAAGGUAGAGUAGCAUCUGGGUUAGUUGCCCGUCGUCAUUACAGGUUCAUUCAUGGAAUUGGAAGAUCAGGUGAUAUUGCUGCUGUGCAACCUAAAGCUGCAGGUUCUAGCCUUUUGAACAAAAUAGCCAAUUUAUUAGUCCUGGACAUCAUAAGACUGGCUGGUGUUCGUUCAGUGGCUAACUGCUUUGUUGUUCCAAUGGCAACUGGUAUGAGUCUUACUCUGUGUUUCUUGACACUUCGACACAAGAGACCAAAGGCAAAAUACAUUAUUUGGCCACGGAUAGAUCAAAAGUCCUGCUUUAAAUCCAUGAUCACUGCAGGUUUUGAGCCUGUGGUGAUAGAGAAUGUGUUAGAAGGUGAUGAGCUACAUACAGACCUGAAGGAAGUGGAAGCUAAAAUCCAGGAGCUUGGAGCUGAUAACAUUCUGUGUGUUCAUUCUACUACAUCUUGUUUUGCUCCAAGGGUGCCUGAUAGACUGGAAGAUCUAGCUGUGAUCUGUGCUAAAUAUGACAUUCCACAUAUAGUUAACAAUGCAUAUGGAGUACAGUCUUCAAAGUGUAUGCAUCUCAUACAACAGGGUGCUCGAGUAGGUAGAAUAGAUGCCUUCGUUCAAAGCUUGGACAAAAAUUUUAUGGUUCCAGUAGGUGGUGCUAUCAUUGCUGGCUUCAGUGAUUCCUUCGUUCAAGAAAUCAGCAAGAUGUAUCCAGGAAGAGCUUCGGCUUCCCCAUCUUUAGAUAUACUUAUUACCUUACUAUCACUGGGAUCAAAUGGCUAUAUGGAGCUACUAAAAGAAAGAAAGGAAAUGUUUUUAUACUUAUCCACUGAAGUAAAAAAAUUAUCAGAACUCUACAAUGAGAGACUGUUGAAUACAACUCAUAAUCCUAUAUCUCUAGCUAUGUCUCUUAAGUCAUUGGAUGAACACACCCACACAGCUAUUACACAACUUGGAUCUAUGCUUUUUACUAGACAAGUGUCUGGAGCCAGGGUCGUGCCUCUGGGGAUUCUGCACACUAUAAAUGGCUACGUUUUCAAAGGCUUUAUGUCACAUGCAAAUAACUACCCUUGUGCUUACCUGAAUGCUGCAUCAGCAAUUGGAAUGAAAAAACAAGAUGUUGAUUUAUUCAUAAAAAGGCUUGAUAAGUGCUUGAAGUCAGUGAGAAAAGAAAAAAGCAAAGAGAGUGAUGGUGACUCUGCAGUUGAUAAUCGUAACAUCACUGAAGAUGAAAAUAUUCAAGAAAUGGCCUUAAAUCUGGAAAAUGCACUUGUUCUCAGUGAAUGCAAAGAAGUUAAUUCCUGACAUUUGCAGUGUUUCUUUUUAUAGUAUGAAAUAAACUUUAAGAUAACUGUAAUGAAUAAUAAUUUAAUAUUUUUUUUAAUUAAUAAUUCCUUUGAAAAUAUUUAGUCAAUUUAUUUGAAGAAAGUGAAUUGAGUUAGCCAAUGAUUAUUAUCUUUUGAUUCUUGGUCUGUUUCAAAAUUAUGCCUCAGUCUUUAUAAUCUUCCACAAAAUAAAACACACUUAACAUUUUCCUAACUGAAAAGUAGUCAGCUAUGCACUUUUAAUCAAACAGUCCUUAGUAAUAUAAUAAUAAUAAAAUUGCCUAUAAUUCUCUUUGAAAUAUUUGAGCAUUUUUUUCCUGACUGUGCUUCAUCAUUUACAUACUAUAUGUGUUCUCAGUUUGUCCUGUUGUAUAUUCAUAUUUUGGUUGAUAAAAAGGCAUAUCCAAAGGGAGGUUGAUUAAAAAAUGCAUCUUUUAGUUUGUUUUAUUAAAGAUUUUUUCAAGAAAUAGUGAAUUUUUCAUUUUGCUAACUUUUGAUAUCUAGUUUCACUUUCAAUGAAAUAUUUCCCUACGGGUUGACAGUGACAAAAUGACCACAAUACUAGACUGAGAGUUAAGAGGCCUCUAUUUUCAUCCCAAGUUUGUCAUUUUCUGAUUGCAUAACUUGGAGCAAGUCAUUUAACUCCUGGGCCCGAGUUUCCUUUUCUUAUCUGUAAAAUGAAAGGAUUUGAGAUAAUGAUAUUUAAGAUGCCUUUUCUGUUCUAAGAUAGCGAUGGUCAAUAGUAAUAGUUCCCAAGAUACAUUUUUAUUAAAAUAAAUUUUAAAGUGCAUCUAAUACAUUCUUUUAGACUCAUCACAAUUUUUGAUCUUUUGAAUAUCAGCUGUAAGUUAAUAUGUGCCUAUGUAAUCUUCUGGGGAGCAAUCUACAUCAAGAUUAACUUGAGCAUAUUCAGACAUAUGCAUCUGCGAGGAUAGAAAAUGACACAGUGUGAAAAUAAUUGCUUCUUGUGUGAGAUAUUCAUGAAAUUCUUUGGCUUAUUAACUAUUGUAAAUGUAAAGUAUUUUGCUUGUGUUCCACAUUGCUAAAAAUUCCAGAAAAGUGCCCAUUUGAAGUUUGACUAUACUUUUGAUUUUAUUAUUGCUUAUAUUUUGAUUGACUUGGCAAAUUAAACAUUCUAAAGGGAGAGAAUUUUUUGACAUUUGGGCAUUAUCUAAACUUUCAGUCUAUUGUGAAACAUAAUCGGUUAAAUGGAAGCUAUAACUUAUACAAGUUCCACUAAAUGUGAAAGUUAGGAAUACUUUAUAAACAAAUGUAAUAAUGUUUUAAAAAUCUUAGUCGCUAUGCACUGUUCUUUCCUUAAUUUUAUAUUUCAACCACUACAUUGAUGCCUAUGUUUUUAUUGUAUGUUAUCUUUUAA